AGAAAAACACUUUCGGUUUCGCUGCUCACUGCAGCAGCUUCUCCUCUCAACACACGGAGGUGGACGGUGUUUAGAAGUGGAAGUGAAGUCAGCUCAGCAGGUGUGUCUCUGCUAUGAAUCAAAGUGAGGACCGAGAGGAGGGAGUCGAUCCCUCUGAAGCCACUCUGUGUGGGGAACAUGAGAACCAGACCAAAGCUCAGAGAACAAAGCAGCAGAACAGACCAGGUUCUCCUGCUUCCAGCUGUGUGUCCAUGAAGAGUGACCAGUCCAUGGAGCCUGAACUCGCUUUUAAAAUACGACCUUCUGAAGCACAAGUCGAGCAGCAGCAACAAGACUGUCCUGCUUCCAGCUGUGUGUCCAUGAAGAGUGAUCAGUCCAUGGAACCUCCACUCGCUUUUAAAGGACGACCUUCUGAAACACAAUUUGAGCAGCAGCAACAAGACUGUCCUGCUUCCAGCUGUGUGUCCGUGAAGAGUGACCAGUCCAUGGAGCCUCCUCUUGCUUUUAAAGGACAGCCUUCUGAAACACAGAUUCAGCAGCAGAAAAUGGCCUCUUCUGUUCCCAGCUGUGUUUCCAUGAAGAGUAACCAGUCUAUGCUUGAACCCGUUAAAUUUAGAGAUGGACACCAGACCGUUCAUGAAGGCGUUAGGCAGCAGAGCUCAGAGGAUCUCAGAGGUCAGUCUGUCCCUCAGCAUCAAAGAGAUCUGGACUCCAUAUUGAUGGUGCUGGAGGAGAACAUCAUCAGUUACGUGAAGAAUGAGAUGAAGAAGAUCCAGAAGGUUCUGAGUCUAAAUUACCCAGAAUUCUUAGAGAGUGAGAGGGAGGAGGAGGAGGAGGAGUUGGAAGGUGAGGAUGAAGAGCAGAGGAGGAGCAGCAGAGAGUCAUUUCUGAAGAUCACACUGCACUUCUUGAGGAGGAUGAAGCAGGAGGAGUUGGCUGACCAUCUGCAGAGCAGAACUCCUACUACAGAGGUUAGACAACAACACAAGUCUAAGCUUAAGAAGAAGUACCAGUGUGUGUUCGAGGGGAUCGCUAAAGCAGGAAACCCAACUCUUCUGAAUCAGAUCUACACAGAGCUCUACAUCACAGAGGGAGGAACUGCAGAGGUCAAUGAUGAACAUGAGGUCAGACAGAUUGAAACAGCAUCCAGGAAACCAGACAGAGCAGAAACAACCAUCAGACAAGAAGACAUAUUUAAAGGCUCACCUGGAAGAGAUGAACCAAUCAGAACAGUGAUGACAAAGGGAGUGGCUGGCAUUGGGAAAACUGUCUUAACACAGAAGUUCACUCUGGACUGGGCUGAAGACAAAACCAACCAGGACAUCUACUUCACAUUUCCAUUCACUUUCAGAGAGCUGAAUGCACUGAAAGAGAAAAAGUUCAGCUUGGUGGAACUUGUUCAUCACUUCUUUACUGAAACCAAAGAAGCAGGAAUCUGCAGCUUCCAACACUUCCAGGUUGUGUUCAUCUUUGACGGUCUGGAUGAGUGUCGACUUCCUCUGGACUUCCACAACAAUGAAAUCCUGACUGAUGUUACAGAGUCCACCUCAGUGGAUGUGCUGCUGACAAACCUGAUCAGGGGGAAACUGCUUCCCUCUGCUCGCCUCUGGAUAACCACACGACCUGCAGCAGCCAAUCAGAUCCCUCCUGAGUGUGUUGACAUGGUGACAGAGAUCAGAGGGUUCAAUGACCCACAGAAGGAGGAGUACUUCAGAAGGCGAUCCAGAGAUAAGAAGCAGGCCAUUGGCAUCAUCUCCCACAUCAAGAAAUCACAAAGCCUCCAUAUCAUGUGCCACAUCCCAGUCUUCUGCUGGAUCACUGCUACAGUUCUGGAGGAGCUGUUGAAAACCAGAGAGGGAGGAGAGCUUCCCAAGACCCUGACUGAGAUGUACAUCCACUUCCUGGUGGUUCAGACCAAAGUGAAGAAGGUCAAGUAUGAUGGAGGAUCUGAGACAGAUUCUCCCUGGAGUCCAGAGAGCAGGAAGAUGAUUGAGUCUCUGGGAAAACUGGCUUUUGAGCAGCUGCAGAAAGGAAACCUGAUCUUCUAUGAAUCAGACCUGACAGAGUGUGGCAUCGAUAUCAGAGAGGCCUCAAAGUAUUCAGGAGUGUUCACACAGAUCUUCAAAGAGGAGAGAGGACUGUACCAGGACAAGGUGUUCUGCUUCGUCCAUCUGAGUGUUCAGGAGUUUCUGGCUGCUCUUUAUGUCCAUCACACCUUCAUCGAAUCUGGUGUCAACCUGCUAGAAGAACAACAAACAGCAUUUCCUCUGAUGAAAGUGUUUCGAGACAAACCUACACCCAAACAUCUACACCAGAGUGCAGUGGAUGAGGCCUUACAGAGUCCAAAUGGACACCUGGACUUGUUCCUGCGUUUCCUCCUGGGUCUUUCACUGCAAACCAAUCAGAAUCUCCUACGAGGCCUGCUGACACAGACAGAAAGCAGCGCACAGACCAAUCAGGAAACAGUCCAGUACAUCAAGAAUAAGCUCAAUGAGAAUCUGUCUGCAGAGAGAAGCAUCAAUCUGUUCCACUGUCUGAAUGAACUGAAUGAUCGUUCUCUGGAGGAGGAGAUCCAAAUGUCCCUGAGAUCAGGACGUCUGUCCACAGGUGAACUGUCUCCUGCUCAGUGGUCAGCUCUGGUCUUCAUCUUACUGUCAUCAGAAGAACAUCUGGAGGUGUUUGACCUGAAGAAAUACUCUGCUUCAGAGGAGGCUCUUCUGAGGCUGCUGCCAGUGGUCAAGGCCUCCAGUAAAGCUCUGCUGAGCAGCUGCAACCUCUCAGAGAGAAGCUGUAGAGCUCUGUCUUCAGUUCUCAGCUCCCAGUCCUCUAGUCUGAGAGAUCUGGACCUGAGUAACAACGACCUUCAGGAUUCAGGAGUGAAGUUACUUUCUGUCGGACUGAAGAGUAAACACUGUGAACUGGAAACUCUCAGUCUGUCAGGUUGUCUGGUCACAGAAGAAGGUUGUUCUUCUCUGGUCUCAGCUCUGAGCUUCAAUCCCUCCCAUUUGAGAGAGCUGGACCUGAGCUACAAUCAUGCUGGAGACUCAGGAGUGAAGCUGCUUUCUGCUGCAGUGGAGGAUCUAAAGUGGAGACAAGACACUCUCAGGGUGGAUCAUUGUGGAGAGCAAUGGUUAAAACCUGGUCUGAAGAAGUAUUUCUGUGAACUUGAACUGGACACAAACACAGUGAACAGAAACCUCAGACUGUCUGACAACAACAGGAAGGUGACGUACGUGAAGGAGGAGCAGCCAUAUCCUGACCAUCCAGACAGAUUCGACUGCAGGGUUCAGCUGCUGUGUAGAAAUGGUCUGACUGGUCGCUGUUACUGGGAGGUCGAGUGGAGAGGAGGAGUCUACAUAUCGGUGACAUACAGAGGAAUCAGAAGGAAAGGCAACAACGAUAACUGCAUGUUUGGCUGGAAUGAUCAGUCCUGGAGUCUGAACUGCUCUGAUGAUGAUGGCUUCUCUCUCUGGCACAAUAACAUCAGAACAUCCAUCUCCUCCUCCUUUUCCCCCUCCUCUGUCUCGAAGAAGGUAGCAGUGUAUGUGGACCAUCCUGCUGGCAUUCUGUCCUUCUACAAACUGUCGUCUGACUCUCUGAUCCACCUCCACACCUUUCACACCACAUUCACUGAACCUCUGUAUCCUGGGUUUGGGUUUAGGUCUGGGUUUUCAGGCUGGUCGGGUUCCUCAGUGUCUCUGUGUUCUCUGUAGGAGGGAGAGUGUUUAGAAGUGACAGCAGCUUAAACUCUGUUGUUUAGUCAGAUAGUGGAUGAUGUUUCAUUUUAGUUGACCAGUGAUUGUGAUCCAGUAGUAUUUUCACAUCCAUUCGGUGUGGUAAUUUGGCAGCGAACGAUUCUGGACCGCUUGCUGCAAACAAUGAACAAAAAUUUUAAUUCAAACAAAACAUUCCCUUCUUGCAUUUGAUAACUAACUAGAAAAAGGUUUACAGCCAAAAGACAAUUCAGUGCAAUGUUUGAGACAACAGGAGAUGUGUUGUACCUCCUAAAAGAACCAUAAGAGCUCCGAGUGUCGCUCCUGAGCAUCCAUAGAACUCUUCAGAACUGUGACCUGCAUCUCCUCUGCUCCGAACACAGAAAUGUGUACAUCAGAAUGAACUGCACAGUUUAAAUCUGUUUAACUAAGGAGGUGUAACAUCACCAGAGUGAGGCCACAAAAUAUGGAGUAUUAAAUAUUUAACAUCUGAAUGUACGAAGGAUUGCACACAGAUCCACUGACAGGAGACAAAUAAUCCUUCACUCUGCUCCUUUUGUUUGUUCAGACUUUUUUUCUAAAUCAGACAUACUCCAGAAAUCUUAUUUUUAUUUGAAUGUUUACACAUAUAUUCUUAAUGUUAACAGCUACUAGCAUUAUAAACUGAAUCACACAAUUUAAUUACAAGUUAGAAUCACUAACCAUUGUUUCUCUAAUGGUUAGAGAUAAACAUAUUUGAUAUUAUUUUAACACUGGGGCAUCUGAACGCCGGAUAUAUAUUCACUGUAUUUGUGCAAGAACAAGAUUUGUACAUGUAGGAAAUAAGGUUUAAGUUACUUCCAAAGGUAUUUACCCUCUGACCUUACAUGAUUUGUGUAUUUAGAGGGAGGGAGUUGAACCGUAACACUACCGCUGGAGAAGAGCACAUAUGUGAGUGGUCAGAAUUUCGCGAUUAAAGAUAUUGCGAUUUAAUUUGGAAAAUAAAUCUAUAAGUCAAA